AUUAUUCUUUUUUACAUGCAGAACUAUCCAACGGAACUAAACAUCACUGAAGAUUUGACAGUGUACUCAGAAAUUGAGUGUUGUGACCUUCUAAGGCGCAUACACGAAGGAAACAAGUCAAUAGGGGGACUGAAGUUUGUUACAACUUGUUAUGGAAUCAUUGGAUUUGUCAAGUUUCUUGAGCCAUACUACAUGCUUCUCAUAACAAAGCGAAGGAAAAUUGGCACAAUAUGUGGGCACACUAUAUAUGGUAUCGCAAAGAGCGAAAUGGUUCCAAUCCCACAUCCUACUGUGCGAUCCAAAAUGGCAUAUUCUAAGGAUGAAAACAGAUACAAGAAGCUUCUGUGCAGUGUGGAUCUUACGAAGGACUUCUUUUUCAGCUACUCAUACAAUGUCAUGUUUAGUCUUCAAAGGAACUUAACCGAUCAUAAUACAACAGGACAGUCACUUUACGAAACACUGUUUGUUUGGAAUGAGUUUUUGACUCGUGGAGUCAGGAAUAAUCUCCAGAAUGCUUCCUGGACAGUUGCCUUAGUUUAUGGCUUUUUUAAACAGGUCAAACUUUCUAUUUCUGGCAGGGAUUUUCACUUGACUAUCAUUGCUAGGCGCUCGCGGCACUAUGCUGGGACAAGAUAUCUGAAACGAGGAGUGAAUGAAAAGGGAAGAGUAGCUAAUGAUGUUGAGACAGAGCAGAUAGUCUUUGCAGAUGCUCGUGAUGGAAGCCCGAUGAAAAUAAGUUCUGUGGUGCAGAUCCGGGGUUCAAUCCCUCUGUUCUGGUCUCAGGAAGCCUCUCCAUUGAACAUAAAACCUGACAUUAUAUUAUCAAAGAAGGACAACACCUUUGAAGCCACAAGGCUUCAUUUUGAAAAUCUUGUUAAGAGAUAUGGAAAUCCAAUUAUCAUAUUGAACUUGAUUAAGACACAUGAGAAGAAGCCACGAGAAACUAUUCUGCGAGCCGAGUUUGCUAAUGCUGUUAGGUCUAUCAACAAAAAUAUGAAAGGGGAAAAUCGACUGAGGUUCCUCCAUUGGGAUUUGCAUCGACACUCGAGACGCAGCAAAGCUACUAAUGUGUUGACCCAACUGGGGAAAGUGGCUGCAUAUGCGUUGAAGCUGACUGGCGUCUUCUACUGUUCCCUGACACCAAACUUGACACCAGAGGGACUGUUCCAAUAUUCCUUCACAGGGAAUAAGAAUUCCAUUGGUAACUCUCUGACAAAACAAGCUAGCAUGGACAAGGAUGUUGAUAGGGAAGCAGAAGUUAAUAAUUGUUACUAUAGUGGUGAUGAGAACAAAGAGUACAGUGUCAGACCCGAGAUGCUUCAAGCUGGGGUCUUAAGAACGAAUUGCAUAGACUGCUUGGAUCGUACUAAUGUUGCUCAAUAUGCUUAUGGACUAACUGCACUUGGACGCCAGCUGCAAGUUUUAGAAUUCAGUGAAUCCCCAUAUAUUGAUCUUGAUAACUCUUUGGCGAAGGAAUUAAUGGCAGUCUAUGAGUCCAUGGGUGACACAUUAGCUUUUCAAUAUGGGGGCUCUGCAGCGCAUAAUAAGAUAUUUUCUGAGAGAAGAGGUCAAUGGAAGGCGGCAACACAAUCCCAAGAAUUUCUUCGAACUCUGCAGCGCUAUUACAACAACACAUAUGCCGAUGGUGAUAAACAAAAAGCAAUCAACAUAUUUUUGGGGCAUUUUCAGCCACACCAGGGAAAACCGGCAUUGUGGGAGUUAGAUUCAGAUCAACAUCUCACUGUUGGAAAGCGUGGUGCAUUCCCGGAAGAUGAAAAUGUCAGGCCAACUAUUAGACGAUCACUUUCCGAUGGUAACAUUAAGGACAGCACAAUUAGGGACUUGAAUGUCACAAAUUGUCAGCAGUCGUCUAACAUACCUGACAAGCAUCGGCAUUCAGAGUCCACCCCAGACAUCUUUACCUGUGGAAGUGCUAUAUGUCAUUGCAGGCUUAUAUAUGGGGGAAUGGUCAAGGACCAGUAUUGCGACACUGAUCACAUUUGUUAUGAUGAACACGGAGACUGCUCCAACUUCGUAGAUUUGGACUGGCUUUCAUCUUCUGGAAACUCUUGUGAAGAGGAAUUACUUGAAAGAUCUCAUGCAAUUAUGGGGAGGAAUAUUUUGACUUUGGAAGAGAAAAUAAAGAGGGAGGGAAGACAUUUAUUAGCAAACGUUAAGGUUUCCAGCCAGUGGUCAACCAGCAUCUCAUCAGAGAAUAUUGUUAAUGAGCUAAGAACUGAGAUAAAUACAUCUGCUAGUGACUCUGGAUCCAGCAUGAAGGGGAGGCAGAGUGUGGAAGAGCUCCAUAAACAAGGCAAAUAUUCUGAAAGCUUUGAACGAUGGGUAAAUUAUGGAGAGAUGCUUUUUGUUUGAGACCAUUGAUGUCAUUAGUCAUGACCUCCAUCAUCCCCAUCCGAAGGAUGUGGGUUCUUGACUUUGCUGUACAGAAAAAAAAAAAUAAAGGGUAAGAUAUCAUCCUAAAGAAUAAUAUAUAAUAUAGAAGUGACAACAGCUGAGAGAAGCUGAUUUUUUUGAAAGGGCACUUUGGUAGCAAUUUCUAUAAUUUUUAGUUUUUUACCUAAAAUGGAGCGUCUAUGUGGGAGGUAAAUGUAGAUGUCAAUAGGUAAAUUCAUUUUUCUACCUUCCAUUAAGUCCUGUUAGGUGCAUUAUUCCUGGGAUAAUCAUGGAACCGUGUAUAUAAAUUUUCAUUUUUCAAAAUUAAAGAGAGAAACAUGAUAGAUUAUGCUCGGAUUA